UGGUAGCAGUAGUGAUAAUAAGAGGAGUUCUACCCAAAAUUUUAACUAUUAACGAACAGGAGAACCUUCAGCACGAAGAACGGGAGAAACGAAGAAGUACUCAAUGUAAUGGAGAUGAACUUCAUAGGCGCGCAUCGGUUUCUUCACAGAGACCAAAAGAUUUAAUUGCAGAAAUAAAUACCA